AGCAUAAAAAGGAACAAUAGAACAAUUGAUCUCACGCAUCCGGAACCGGAUGAGUUUGCAAGAAUGUGUGUACACGACAACGACACAUACCAAGAUGGAAAUUGGGAAGGAAACGGCUUCAGCUAAUAUCAAUUAUUUAAAGAUGUAGCAGAAAUACUUUUUGUGCAACGCAUAAAGCAAAUCCACCCGCACUAACAAAGUUCAGAGGGAAUUGCGAGUGGUGCGAGAGCGCCGUCGGCAAGAAAAAUACUUUGCAACUCUACCGAAGGCCCGAAUCGAUUCAGCAGAUUGGUAAAUGUGAUGGAUUGCAUUCUGUGAAAGUAUAGAACUGAUCUCAUUUGUGCUCUUGUGAUUUUCCCUGGAGAACAGGUACUAAAUCAUAGUAAUUGAUUUGAAUUUUACUAAAUGUUUGUUUUCUGUCACCUAUAUCUUAUUUCUUAGUUUAGAAAACACCAUUUCUGAUGAUGGUGUCAGGGAAUUCUCAUUUAUUGGAAAAAAGUUUAAGUUCUUUGUCUUCUUUCCACUUAAAGGCAGUGUGUCGCGCUGUUCAUUUUGUUGAAUUUCGAGGGUCCUCGAAAUUAGAGAAGCGUGACAAAUUAGAACAACACAUCGCUAGCAUCAUUAAGCGUCCUUUGUUACGAAAUGAAAACUCACUGAAAUAGAAAUUUUGUUCUUUGCUUCGAUAAACCAAUGAACGGCGCGACGUACUGCCUUUAAAUUACAUUUAAUGACAUAGCAACCAAUUGUUUCACAGACUGUUUCACAGAUUUGCAUCCUAUAAUUUUAUAUCUGACCAUGGUUAGAGCCAUUGAAAAUUUUUGAUUAAGUUCAGUAUUUUUGCUGGUAUUGUUAAGCAAAUAUUAGUCUGUUUAUGUCACUAAACUCUUUACAGUGAUGCUUAGCAUGGUAGUGUUAUCAAUAUUGCUCUACUCACUGGAUACAUUUUCCUUGUUUUACACUAAACAACAUUGAUAAGGCAAUUCCUUUCAUUUCUAAUUUUUCUGACAAAUGCCUCCGAGUCUCUCUUCUAUUUCUGUUGGUACUUUGAAGCUUCUGACUUUGUUCAAUAAAAAUUAAAGCCAGGUCACUAAUAAUUUAAGAUUAAUAAUACAUAAUUGCCACUCUUUUAAAGAAUAAAGUAUUGAAAGUUAUCGAGACAGUAUUGUGCAAGACAUGUACUAAGUUUUUAUAGAAAUAUGAAAUGAUCUGCUAGAUACUGUAUUCUCCCUUGUAUUCCCAAUCUCUCCAAUAUUCCUGCCUCUCUCAUAAUCCAGCUUUUUCUCUAUAUUUUGACAAAUUAAUUCUGAUCUUCAUUUGUUCAGUUAUUAUUUUCAGUUUAUUUUUAGGUUUUUUAAAGAUACAGGUUUUGAAAUUUUUGUAGUUUUGAAAUAUAGACUACUUCCUUUAAUUUUUCUUGUGACAAAAUUUCAAGCCUGCUUUCUAAAAUCAUGUUGAAAAACUAAUUCUGCCUUACUGAUAGUCCCACAUCUAUGAUAAUCCCAUAUUUAGUUAGAGAUUCUAUCAAGAAACCCACAGCAAGUAAGAAAAGGUGAUAUAUGGCAAUUGUUUUACAUUGAAUUAAAAUAAAUUCUCAACAACAAAAACAAGAACCUUUGCUAACAUUGUGAAGCUUUUUAAACUCUUUACAAGUUUAAAGGUGUCUUGAUUGAUAUCUGAUUGCAGGUGCUAUCACUGAUAGUCAGCUUUUUUCUUACCAGGCUUUCUAUAGGAUUUUGUAGCCUAAGCAUCUGAGAGUUUAAUGAGCUAAUGCAUUUUUUAACCUGAUUCAAUAUUAAAAAUACUAUACACUUUUAUUAGUCCAGUAGCAAAGAAAGAAAGGGGGCAUUACCACUAUGGAAGGAAGUUCAUGAGACAAGGCGAUAGAAGCAUUCGAAGAAUGUUUUUUAGUGAAAUCCAGAGAUUUUUUCAUAUGAAAUAUGUUCUUGAUACUUUGCUCAACGAUGGUAUCGAACUAUUGGAAUCAGGCAAGACUGAAGAAGCGAUCUAUCAGCUUGAAAAGUGCAUUGGACUAGCUCCAGAAUCAGAUGAUUUUUUAAACGUUCGGGUUUUAGCAAUAGUGCAUUUGGGAAAGGCACAUAUUAAGGAGGGCAGAUUUGAAGAAGCAGUGCGUGUCUUUCAUUUAGUACCAUCUUCUUCGCGGCUUAACAAAGAAUUCAUCGACCGUAGUGAUGUUCAAGUUUUGCUCCAAACCGGAGUUCAGCAUUUAGGCGAUGAAAACUAUCAAAAAGCAAUAUUGUUUUUUCAUGGAGUUAGAGUAGUUGCAGUUGAUCGGCCAUCCGUUCUUAAAGCAGAAGUUGGAUUGUAUAUAGCUAUUUACCAAAAAGAGAGAAAAUCGUCCACUUGGCUUGCAAGCAAAUUAAACGAGAUAGUACAUGAUUUUCUUUCUUUGCCAAUGAGAAGCAACAUUUUACAAGAAUUCUGUGAAGUAUUGUUUACAAUGGGCAAGAAGAAGAAGUCAAAGCAAGAUUACAGUACAUCCGUCAGAGAUCUUGCUGCUGCAUACGAGCUGUGUAGCCAUUUGCCGACAAAAGAGUCCAAAGAGUUGUAUAAAGCAAUUAAUCAGUGCUUCAUUAAAGUUUAUGUAAAAUUGAAUGAUGGAGAAAAGGCGUUGAAAAAGUUUGAAGAAUGCAUGAAUCUGGAAAAGAAUUUCUAUAAACAAUUUUGGAAAUCAGAAGAAUGCAAAGCAAAGCAAGAGUUGGCAAAAUACCGAGAUAAAGCCCUUGGGAGAUUCUGGAUGCUGUCCAUCCUAACACCGGCAUUGCCAAAUGACGUUACACUCUUGCCAGUUGCCAUCAAUAUGCAUUUGACUCUCUACAAAAUGAAACGUGAUUCGAAUGCAUUAGAAGAUGCAUUGUCGUGUCUUCAAAACGUCACAAGUUAUUUAGAAGCCCAUGCACAUAGUGAUGAGCAUUUUGCCAAAGAAAUGAAAUCCUUUGGAAACUGCUUAUCAAAGGAAAAUAAAACUCUUGAAGCUAAAAGGGUUUACAGCUUUGCACUCAGUGCUGCCCCAAAAAAUGGCGUUGUCCUUAGACGUGAUCUGUUUUCAAAUCGAGCCUACAUGAAUCAGCUGUUGGGAAAAAAUGAAGAUGCAGUGCGGGAUGCUAGGGCAUGCGUGGAGCUGUGUCCUCAGUGGCCUAAGGGCUAUCUCCGACUUGCCGUGGCUCAGCGAGAGCAGAAGCAAUUCAAAGAGGCACACAAUGCAUUACUGAAAUGCUUUCAGUUUUCGCCGGUCACAGAGCAGCCCAAUUUACUUGUGCACAUUUUCAAGAAUAUUCUGGAUAUCGAUACAGAGAAAGAGCGACAGAAGUUUAAACUUCCAAGUGACAUUUCCAUUAAUGCUAUCAACAACUGUGUGGCCAAGUUAGCUAAGGAACAGUCUCCAAUCGCUUUUGAUGUCAUUAGGUACAUUUUCAAGGAAUCUAAGUAUGCUGAUUACGCAAAUGCCGGUCCAGUGGAUGUUGUCAGAAUGAUGCAGAAAGACUGCUCACCCCAUUUCAUUCGAUGCCUGAUUAGCCGUGGAGCAAAUUCGAGCCAACCUUUAAAUCACCUUCUUAAAUCUGACUCCCGCACUGAAGAACAAAGGGAAAUUCUAAUGUUCCUGAUAGAGCAGGAUAUUGAUCUUUCCAGAUACAUUAAAGCAAUCCCAAAUGAACCGCCUUCGUUUAUGUUUGUUAGAUUUUGCUUGGAAUACAAUCUUUUGGAUAUCCUUUCUAAUGUUGUGGAUAAAAAAGAUUUCAGUGUUAAGGAUGGCAACGGCAACAACAUUCUGCAUGUUUUAAUGAAAAUGGAGGACUCAAACAACGUAUACCGCUGUAUUAACCUCGUUCUCAAACGAGUUGCUGUGGACCCAAAAGAGACAAACAAGGACGGGUUGAAACCAAGCCAGUUAAGUGAAUUGGUAUCGGAUAAGAGAGUGACUCUGCUUGAAGAAUUCGAGAGGGAUGGACGCAGUGGGAAAAAGAAUAAGAAGAAAAAGAACAAAAAUAGCGUGGAAUCCCCCGUAGAAAGUCUUGUAGCAAGCACAAGUGAAAUUCCUAGAAAUGAGGCAACAAGCAUAAACAGUUUGCAAAUAGCUGACGACACGCAAAAGUUGACCGUACAUGGCCCGAAUGAAGAUAACCAACUGGUCAUGAAAGCGGGGCCCAGUCUCCCUUCUCUGUAUGAGCAAAGCAGAAAGACCGUUACUGAUUGCAUUCGGAGUUUCAAAAUGGAGGCUGUUGAGAAAAAGCCAGAGUCUGACGUUAUCCAUGUCAUUAAAGAUAAACCCGUCCCAGAAGAACGGCCUGUCGUGGACACCAAAUUGGUUGCUGGUAACGAGCCAGUUAGAAAGGACGGGGAAGUUGUUGAUGAAAAGCCGGUCGGUGAAAACAGACCUGUCAAUGAGGAAAAACCUGCUGCAAUACAAAGUGCUGGGUCACGACCAUCAGCAAACGGCAAUGAAUACAGUGGUAGGGAUUCGCUCCUGGCUUGUGGGUAUGACGACGAAGACCAAGACUUUGAAACGAAUAAUGAUUUCAAACAGUUAAAUGUAUUCGAAGGCCUGCCAUGGGAUGUCCAAUGCACGUCGGAAUUUUGGAAAAAAUUGAAGAAUCCGAAGCUGGCAGAAACAUUGAAGAAAAAGCUACUAAUCAAGAUCAAAUUGCUGGCAUCUGGAGAGUGGCGCAAGUCGUUGGCCAUCAAGCUGGAAGGAGCCUGGUGCUCCUCAGGAAUUCGAUUGUACAAAUGCAAAGUGACAAAGGCAGCGAGGAUGAUUUGGGAAGAAGCGAUUGCAUUUUCAGAACGACGAAGCCUUGAUCAAGGAAAAAAUGUCCAGGGUAACAGCCAGUUUGUGUACGCAGAUGUCAUCAGAUUGUGGGACUUCACAGUGGACCAUGAUGAAGUAGCCACUAUGAUUAACCGGGUUGCGGAAUCUCGCAUUCGUGGUAAGUCUUGCUCAUUCAAAAAGAAACUGACCAAAGUUGAAGUCAAGAGUGUGACAGAAACAAGUGAAAAUAUUCGCCUGCCGAAUUUGUACAAAUCUCGAAAUUGUGUCGAGGUUAUAUCUGCAGAGCGCAGCAAACAAAAGUCUUUGCGUAAUUUUACAUUCUUCCCGUCUGCAAGCCCCAAUGAUGACGAAUAUCACAUCUUGAAAUUCUACGCACUGUCAAGCGCAAUGGCAAAAAGUGUUCUGCAAAACUGUGAGCAGGACUUUGACUUUCCAUUUCAAGUCAGCGAAUUAGAAUACUGUAUCAUCAGGCUAAACCCUGUCCCACUCUCAUCUAUUUUACUCUUGGGCAGAAGUGGUACAGGCAAGACAACAUGCUGUGUCUACCGCCUUUGGAGCAAAUUCAAGACCUACUGGGAAAAUGCUGUCACUGCUGGACCGCACAUUCCUAUUUUGCAGAGAUUAGUAAACGUGGAAUCAGAAGAAAAGGAAGACAUUGCGAAGAAUGAAAAUGACAUGGCGGCCUCACCUCGUAAAGUCUCUAGAUCAGAGGAGCGUGUUAUGUCAUGUGGUUGUAUGGGGAUCUGCAUGUGUGCCUUAGCGGCUGCACGAGCUGCCAAUCCGUCGAUUUACGCCGAUGAGGAUGUAGAAUCAGAGACCAUCGAAACAAAAUCAUCUGCCCAUCCGGUAACUGAAGGAAUUUUUGAAUACGAUGAAAGACUUUUUAAACCUGUAAGAAAUUUUGACCUUCCAGGUGAAAUUCCUAGAAAUGAGGCAACAAGCAUAAACAGUUUGCAAAUAGCUGACGACACGCAAAAGUUGACCGUACAUGGCCCGAAUGAAGAUAACCAACUGGUCAUGAAAGCGGGGCCCAGUCUCCCUUCUCUGUAUGAGCAAAGCAGAAAGACCGUUACUGAUUGCAUUCGGAGUUUCAAAAUGGAGGCUGUUGAGAAAAAGCCAGAGUCUGACGUUAUCCAUGUCAUUAAAGAUAAACCCGUCCCAGAAGAACGGCCUGUCGUGGACACCAAAUUGGUUGCUGGUAACGAGCCAGUUAGAAAGGACGGGGAAGUUGUUGAUGAAAAGCCGGUCGGUGAAAACAGACCUGUCAAUGAGGAAAAACCUGCUGCAAUACAAAGUGCUGGGUCACGACCAUCAGCAAACGGCAAUGAAUACAGUGGUAGGGAUUCGCUCCUGGCUUGUGGGUAUGACGACGAAGACCAAGACUUUGAAACGAAUAAUGAUUUCAAACAGUUAAAUGUAUUCGAAGGCCUGCCAUGGGAUGUCCAAUGCACGUCGGAAUUUUGGAAAAAAUUGAAGAAUCCGAAGCUGGCAGAAACAUUGAAGAAAAAGCUACUAAUCAAGAUCAAAUUGCUGGCAUCUGGAGAGUGGCGCAAGUCGUUGGCCAUCAAGCUGGAAGGAGCCUGGUGCUCCUCAGGAAUUCGAUUGUACAAAUGCAAAGUGACAAAGGCAGCGAGGAUGAUUUGGGAAGAAGCGAUUGCAUUUUCAGAACGACGAAGCCUUGAUCAAGGAAAAAAUGUCCAGGGUAACAGCCAGUUUGUGUACGCAGAUGUCAUCAGAUUGUGGGACUUCACAGUGGACCAUGAUGAAGUAGCCACUAUGAUUAACCGGGUUGCGGAAUCUCGCAUUCGUGGUAAGUCUUGCUCAUUCAAAAAGAAACUGACCAAAGUUGAAGUCAAGAGUGUGACAGAAACAAGUGAAAAUAUUCGCCUGCCGAAUUUGUACAAAUCUCGAAAUUGUGUCGAGGUUAUAUCUGCAGAGCGCAGCAAACAAAAGUCUUUGCGUAAUUUUACAUUCUUCCCGUCUGCAAGCCCCAAUGAUGACGAAUAUCACAUCUUGAAAUUCUACGCACUGUCAAGCGCAAUGGCAAAAAGUGUUCUGCAAAACUGUGAGCAGGACUUUGACUUUCCAUUUCAAGUCAGCGAAUUAGAAUACUGUAUCAUCAGGCUAAACCCUGUCCCACUCUCAUCUAUUUUACUCUUGGGCAGAAGUGGUACAGGCAAGACAACAUGCUGUGUCUACCGCCUUUGGAGCAAAUUCAAGACCUACUGGGAAAAUGCUGUCACUGCUGGACCGCACAUUCCUAUUUUGCAGAGAUUAGUAAACGUGGAAUCAGAAGAAAAGGAAGACAUUGCGAAGAAUGAAAAUGACAUGGCGGCCUCACCUCGUAAAGUCUCUAGAUCAGAGGAGCGUGUUAUGUCAUGUGGUUGUAUGGGGAUCUGCAUGUGUGCCUUAGCGGCUGCACGAGCUGCCAAUCCGUCGAUUUACGCCGAUGAGGAUGUAGAAUCAGAGACCAUCGAAACAAAAUCAUCUGCCCAUCCGGUAACUGAAGGUCCUUCUGACGUUGGUGAUGAAAGGAGCAGCCCCAGUUUGGUAGAGGAUCAUGAAAAUGAGCGCUAUCGUCAUUUGCGGCAGCUUUUUGUUACCAAAAACAAAGUUCUUUGUCAUGAAGUGAGAAAGAAUUUCAAAGAACUCUGCAGUGGCCUGCCAGUCUCAAUAGACCACGUUUCUUUUCAAAAUGAGGUUGCAAUUGAGAAUCUAAAUAAAAUCCACCAUUUGUCAUACCCGCUGUUUCUAGGCUCUAGAGACUUGUUGCUAGCUCUUGAUGCUACCUUGCCAGGAAAGCCGUUUUUUGCACGCGACAGCGAUGGUAAACUGCUGACACAAGUUGCUGGUUGGGGUGAAAAAGAAAGUCAUCUGGCUUUCCUACCUAAACUUGAUUCGGAAAGUGAAGAUGAAGACUCUGAUGUUGAGAAUGACGAUGAAUCGAUUGCACCCGUCAAGGAUAAACGUCCAAAGAGCAUGCGUCAAGUCAACAGUGUGAAGCGGGAGGUGUCGUAUUUGAUUUUUGCUAAUGAGGUAUGGCCUUUGAUUGAGAAGAAGACUGUUUCAAGCUAUCACCCGUCUCUUGUUUGGACGGAGUUUUGCUCGUUCAUUAAAGGCUCUUUUGCGUCACUGACGUCGCCCAGUGGUUGUCUGACGAAAGAGCAGUAUGAGUCAAUUGGACGAAAAAAAGCACCAAGUUUUACUGGCAAUCGAGAUAUAAUUUACAAGAUGUUUGCAAAGUACCAGAGGAUAUGCAGAGACCGAAAUCUGUUCGAUGAGUUUGACUUCCUGUUUAACGUGUACAAAAGACUCAGCAAAAACCCAAUCCAGCCGUGGCUAUUUGAUGAAAUCUAUGUUGAUGAAACACAAGACUUCACUGAAGCUGAGCUUUUCACAUUGAUUCGCUGCUGCCAGGACCCCAAUCGGCUCUUUUUUACCGGCGACACAGCACAAAGCAUAAUGAGAGGAGUCACCUUCAGGUUCAGUGACCUCAUUUCGUUAUUUCUCAAUGCAAAAGAGGCCCUUGGCAGUGUCAAGAAAUACCCGAUUCAAGUUCCAGACAGAGUCCACCAGCUAACGUUCAACUACAGAUCUCACAAAGGGAUUCUAAACCUAGCCUCAAGUAUAGUCAAACUACUGCACUUCUUUUUCCCAGAGUCCUUUGACCACCUUAGAGACGAUGUUGGCUUAUUUGAUGGGCCUAAACCAGUGAUCUUGGAAACGAGCGACUUUGGUGACCUCGCCUUGAUGCUGAGAGGAAACCGUCGCAAAACAUCACCCAUUGAGUUUGGUGCGCAUCAAGUUGUCUUGGUAGCAUCAGAAGCUAGCAAAGACAAGCUACCAGAAGAGCUGACUGAUGCCCUCGUCUUGACUAUUUAUGAAGCAAAGGGACUGGAGUUCGAUGACGUGCUGUUAUACAACUUCUUCAAUGAUUCCCAGGCAGGGAAAGAAUGGCGUGUUAUUAACACUUACGUGGUACCUGAAAGCACCAAAGGAAAGGAGUCAGAAGAAAACGGAAAUGCGAAAUCCAGUGGGGUUGUCAGCAUGACGGAAAGCGAUCUAGCUUUGGAAAGUCGCCCGUUAGAGUUCGAUUAUAACAAGCACAAAAUUUUGAAUUCUGAGCUAAAACAGCUGUAUACUGCUUUAACUCGCGCCAGAGUGAAUGUCUGGAUCUAUGACGAAGACAGAGAAAAAAGGGCACCAAUGUUCAGUUUUUUCAAAAAACAGGGCCUUGCUAAUACCCUGAAACUGGAUGAAAAUCAGAGUGAUUCUAGUCAAGAGAAUGGAAUGUUUGCCGUGAAAUCGUCCAUUACCGAUUGGGAAAAGAGAGGCGAGUAUUUCUACAAGAAGGAGUUGUGGAGUGUUGCAUACAAAUGCUUUGCCAAAACAGAAGAUAAGCUUAUGUUGAGAAAAUGCAGCGCACACCUCCAAGCAAUGAAAUCUUAUAAAAUGGGUAUGGAUUGGCGUGAAAGUAGAACAGGGUCGCUAAAAAGCGUUUACACAGAGUAUCUCGCGGCCACAGCAAUGUACCUCGAAUGCGGUAUGGCGGAAGAAGCAAUCAUUUGCUUAAGGAACGCCAAAGAAUGGAAACUGUUGGGAGAUUUGCUUUUCUCUCUCGGGAAGUACUUGGAUGCUGGGAAGUAUUACGCCAAAGCAUCAGAUUCGCCGAAAGACAACAGCGCAGUGAAAGCCAGCGCAGUGAAAGCCAGCGAGUGCUACGAAGUCAUCGGGGAUUACAGAAGUGCUGCGGACAUUUUGUACAAAAAAGAGAAAUACCAGGAAUGCAUUCAAGUUCUCAAGAGGUUUGAAACAAAAAGAAGUAAUAAUAAUGGGAUGGUGCUCAAGCCCCCUCGAAGCACUCUGAGUGUGGAGAAAGUUGUGAAAGAAGCGGCAGAUAUCUGUGCAAAAAAGCGUGAUUUCGACAAUCUGAAGGGAUAUCUUAAAGAGCUGCCACUUGAGAGUCAGUUGGAGUACCUGCGGAGGAAGCGUGGAUGCAGAGAUAUUGAGUUGGAGGUACUCAUUGAAAACGGAAGAGGUGAAGAGGCUGCGGAGAUUUACAUCCAAAAUGGAGAACAUCUUAAGGCUGCAGACUGCUCAAAGGAAGAUACGACAAGGGGGAUUUGCUACCUAGAGCAGGCACGUAGUAUUUGGAACGACAUAGGGCAAGCAAUAUCUGCAAAUUUACAACAACAGAAGUAUAAGCAGGUAAAGCAGUUUGUAGAUUAUGCUGUUAACUACCUGCCAAAGGAUGACACAAAUCUUGCAGACUGCCAUUUUCUCAAUGGGCUGGUGUCUGAAGACCGAUCAAAGUCUCUCAUAGAGGCCGCCGAUGUUUACAGAAAGAAUGACAAUAAUAUUGGUGUGCUUUUAUGUCACGGGCUGCUUCUUGAAGAGGGCAAGAUUGAUAGUGAUGUAAUUAUAGAGUCCCUGGACAAGAUGUUUCGCCAACUUGCAAACAUUCAUGUGUCCAAGAAAGCAGCUGAAGUAUUUAAGUUGGUGCAACAAUUUUUUGGCAUUGUUAAGGUUGCCCGAGAUGGAGCUACCUUCGAAUUUCGCGUCAAUAAAUCCAAGAUACAGUUUCGUUUACAGAUUCUUGGCUCACCAGCCGAAUUAGAGGCGAUUAAGUGGUUUGAUAACUUGGAUGAAGAAAAUGGCACUCUUGACCUCAUAUCUGCUCUUUUCCUCUAUGUUGAGGAUAUAGCGGCCAAGCUUUUCCAGUUUUACGAGUCAGAACUAGAGAGGUUAUCUUUCUGCAGCCAGUUCUUGCAAGGAACUUCCCAUGCCAAUUGCCAAAUGAUGCACCUGAUCCCAGAUGGUGAAUUCGCCCAGCAGAGAUUAAAUCUAUACUUCUCUCUCAUACAGUUGCAAGGCCUCAUAAGGAAACACAUCACUUCACUUGUGAAAAGUAAAUAUCUUGAGAGUAAAGUUAAUAACCAUCAAUGGUUAAGUAUGUACAAUGCAGAAAUGGAGAUGGUGAAAACCUGCAAAGAGCUUUACCAGGAAAUCAUUGCCUUAUACAAGUAUUUAAAUGUAUCCAAAUUCACAGGGCUUCAGCUAGUCAACUCACUGCCGGAUAUGCCAUUUGUAAAAGAACAGAUUCAGUGGUGCCUGAAGAUGAUGUUUCGUGGUGACAAAAAGUACAAAGACGUGAACAUUUUUCUCGAGACCUUCACCAUGUCUAACUUUGCAAGGCUGAACUUUAUUCAGUAUGAAGUAGAUGCUAUUAGUGAAGAUAUCAAGCAGCGUUAUAAGGAGACGGUACCAAUCGAUGAGCCUGGUCUACGCAACAACAGGGAACACCGGAUCGAAUGCUUCCAUACCAUAUUUAUGGAAAGCUGGCAAUGGUUGCAUAGUGAAGGGGCCUUAAUCGAGUCGAUUCAUUACUUGCUGCGACGUGCUUUGCCAUUGCUGGUGACUAAACACGUGAUUAUGCCCACGCUCAAGAACUGUUUGUCCCUGCUGGAGUUCAGUUUGACGCUGUCACUUAUCUCACUAUGCAGAACAUCGUCUACAAACAGGAAAAGGACGUGGAUUUACAUCCCGGCCUUUUAUAUCGAGGGGCUUCAGUUCUGGUGCGGGAUUUAUGAAUCCUGUAAUAAGCCAAAUUAUUCAGUCUGGGAUAGUAUUGAGUAUGUCUCCGUUCAAAAGGGAAGAUCGUAUGUAAUUUCCCUGGUGAAGUGGUUGAUAGAUUUCAUUCUUACGACCAAAUCAGGCAAGCUUGACCUAUUUUCGCAAGCCUUUGGCCGAACAUCAGUAGAAUCAGGAGACUCACAACAGUUUUUAAUUCUUGUUCUGGUUCUGCUUGCAAACGAGGAGCUGAUUUCAUCGAUUGAGAACGGUUACCGAGAUGUCGCAAAGCUGGAAGAAGGUCUGAAAUCAUUAUGGCGGAAACUGAUGUCCGUUACAUCAAACGCUGAAACAACAGAGGAUCGAGUAACAAUCUCCCUGAAAAAUGCUGCCCUUUGCUCACAAGAUAAUGCCUAUAAGCUACUAAGUGAAACUACAGAAAAGUUUGGUAGCGAGUUGAUGAACUUCAAUUGGAGAAUGAUCUGUGAUCUGUAUACACCAAAACAAAGAAAAGUAGAAAAUAUCGCCUCCAAGGAACGAAGAUUUUUGCAAAAAGAAGAGAUCAAGCCCCCACGUUUCAGACAAGAAGCAACCACUAUGGGAACAUCAAAAGAACAUCAAUCGAACAAUGUUGCGGAAGUAAAUCAAGAUCUUCUGCAGAAUACGAAAGUCAUCGAUGCAGCCACAGAGCAGACAAUUUUCUCAAGGAAUACUUCAGAUGCAGCGGUUGUCUCCAAGCCCCUUGCCGACGAUACCAAGGCAUCGCGAGCUGAUCGGACUGAUGAUUUUACAGUUAUAUCGACGGCUGCAGAACACAAUGAGACGAAAAUCCUAAUGCGCGAAGUUUCAUAUGAAGACCAAACACUGGCAUUGAGGGACCCAUCAGCACAAGUGAAAGCAAUCGAAGAAAGGCGAACCCGAGAUAAUGAUGCUGCCCGAAAGAUUCAGUCAUGGUGGAGAAGAGUUGGACCGAAUAAUGAGAAGGCUUUUGGUGGAAGUGAGAAACUGGAGCAGGCUGAGGAACAUUGUUCCAAGUACUUUGUAGAUCUGAAAUGCGUACCGGCUGCAGAACACAAUGAGACGAAAAUCCUAAUGCGCGAAGUUUCAUAUGAAGACCAAACACUGGCAUUGAGGGACCCAUCAGCACAAGUGAAAGCAAGCGAAGAAAGGCGAACCCGACAAAAUGAUGCUGCCCGAAAGAUUCAGUCAUGGUGGAGAAGAGUUAGACCGAAUUAUGAGAAGGCUUUUGGUGGAAGUGGGGAACUGGAGAAGGCUGAGGAACAUUUUUCCAAGUACUUUCUAGACCUGAAAUGCGUACCAUGUGGAAUUCGUUUCAGUUCAAGAAAAGAUGUGGAUCAGCACAUACUCAGCGAUCAACUUCACGAAAGACACGCAGCUGACUAUGACAAGUACAUUUCGUACAAACAGUCCGUUUCGGUUGUUUGGUUGAACAAAGCUGAUGAUCUAUUGGAUCUGGAAAUCCAAGGGCAGAAAGUCAGUACCUUACCAAAUAUUUCUACUAAUCUCUCCAAGCGCAUUGCUGAGGUUUCAAUGGAAGAAAAUUCUAUAGAAAAAUUGCAUCAGUGGAAGGAGUUGCCAAAGCUCAAGGAAUGUGUAACUGCUUUGCAGAGGUCUCAUUUUAAGCUUUUGGAAAAGUUUCGCCGCUCAGAAGAAAAUGACGAUGAGAAUUAUAACAAUGAUGGAGAUUACAGCUUCAGAGAUGAUGACAAUUACGAUGAUUUCGAAAUGGUGACAGGCAAAAGAAAAUCAAAAAGGUGGAAGAAAGUUCAACACGCAUUGUUGAAAAAGAGACAACUUGUAAUCAGCAAGAACUUUAACUUUGACGUAUCUUGAAUCAUUUAAUAUCAGAAAGUGGGGUUUUAUCCUGAUAGUGAGACUAUUUUACACUUAAAAUAGAGAAAAUAGUUUUGUUUAGUUACUUGUUCAGUUGUUCUGUUCGCUUUUAUUUUUAAAGUGCUCUGAUGUUAAAAUAUUUUUAUAUCAGAUGUAAUCACUGUUAACAACCUUUUUUCAGAAUUUUGAAAUUUUAAAAGUUUAGCUCUUCGGGGUAAAUAAUUGGAUAUUUUUAAAUGAUAUGUAAUCGAAAUGACUUGCCUUUUAUCGUAUUUGUGCCUACAAUUAAGUGUAUAGUUAUCUAUCCUCAAACAGCCUGAGGGAACAGUCGUCAACUUACUUUGGCCAAGAAGAUGGUAAACACUGGUUCUCCGCGAGGGGGUUUGUCUGUUUUCAUGUGAUAAGUUUGUUUUCAUGUGAUCAGAUAUCUUUGUCGAAAGCGAAAGGCAUUUGAAAGCCUUUGUGGCAUUUGAAAGGUACAAAUGGGGGAAGAGGUUUUGAAAUCUAUUGUAGAGAGCAAGAGAAAAAAGAGAGAAAGAAAAAACCUUUAGAAACGGCGGAACAAAGAGCACUUACAACAUCGUGUGUGCAGUUUGCUUGACAGCCAAUCAGGUUAGCGAAGCUAUCAUAAUGACUCAGCAAUUUUUUGCAAUUUUGGUAUACUCUUCCUAUUUCCCAUGACUCAAUACCUUUAAAGUGUUCAAUAUAGGCGUGGUCAGAAAAACUAGGAUACUCAACUAGUCUUGGUUCCCUCUCCUUGCCACUCUGUUUUUCCAAAACAGUUUAAAGGGCCACUCCAGCCCAAAAAAAUUUUCUGAGAUUUUUGCAUAAAUUGGUGGUAUCGUGAAUUUUUUUUCGAAAAUCUUUACUCGUUUUCCAGAUAUAGACGCGCAAAGAUGAGAAUCACCAUAAAAAUACGACAAAAUUUUUUUUCGGAAAAAGUACCUUGUGACGUAUGAAGGGACAAUUGUUUCAACAUUCGGCGCUAUUGUUAUGCGUCCGUUGUGAAAUUCGCACGGCUCGGUAGAGGCGAUUCGUGUCGGUUUAUCGGAUGUCAUUUUAUUUUGUUUCUUAAUUGCGAUUGAUGUUAAGCUGAAUGCUCAUAUCUAGUGCGUCACUUUGCGUUUCCUUUUAAAAAGUACGAAGGCAGUGAUAUUGGACUUAAUUUCAGUUUAUGUCUCAAGAAUUUGAAAAUGCAAGCAAAAGCAGCUCCUUUAGGAUAAAACUUGGAUUAGCGCUCUGUACAUUUAUUUCAUUUAACACUGCCCUGGCUCGUUCAACGUUCUAUCUUUAUCGGGUCAGCGAAAAUCUGUUUCAAAUAGUCAUUGCAAAAGGCUUUGAGGGAAGCAUUCUGUGUGCCCAUUCUCUGCAGUUCGAGAAUAUUUGUACGAAAUAGUGUUUCUUUAGCGAUAUUGGCUCAGGCACCAAUUUAAUAGAACGCCAUUAGAGUGUUUUCAAAAGCCCAGUCAUGCCUCUUGUCCCGCUAUUGUUUACAAAGAAAGAAGAACAGCUUGCUUACAAAACUCUUCUAUUGUUCAGAUGCAGCACCUUGCCGAAAAGGUUCACAAUAAUCACAAUGUAAAGAUUUGCAAUUUCUGUUCACUAAUCUCAAACAUCUCUUUCUCUCCAUAUUUCCAACAUUCUCUUUCGAUGUCCCCUUCUGUUAGGUUCACUUUUGAAUUUACAAUACAUUACCAAUCUAUUAAUGGUCUUACUCCAUUUCUGUCUGGCAGUUGCUUGAUGACGACCGGGCCUGCGCUGCUCCUCCACAGGACACCUGCCAAACGAGGCACCUUCAUCAUUAUUGAUUCCAGUGCCAUUCACAUUAUUGAUUGAUGAGUUAUCAUUAGAUAUUUACACUCACAAUGAGGUUGCUUUUGUCCGGGUUUUCCUUCCCUCGGGUGUUUUUAAUUUAACGUGACACCAUCACUAGGGGGGUUGCCAACCAAGGCUGAAGAGUCCCCCCUACCCAUGAGACAGACUAGUCCCCGCCGGACGCCAACCCGGUAUUUCAUGGCCUCGGGGAGAGCUAACAGGUGCUACGCUGUGGUCAACGGUGACCUGGAGGUAGUUGUGGCAAAGGGUAACUUUAUUCGCCCACAUCGAAGCUCCACAACCGGAUGCAAUUUAAAGUUACACCCAGGACCAUAUUUAUUAUUAUUAUUACCCAGGACGAAGAAUACCCAGGACAAUAAUAAUAAAGUCAUACCCAAGACAUUAUUAUUGUUAUUAUUAUUUUGUAUUCUUAUUCACAGUAUCGUUGUAAUUUACUGGUUUACGUCCUACCAACAGGCUACUUCCCGUAGCUUUAGUAGAUAGGGUACUACUGUUCAAUUAAUCUUUUCUUGUUGUUAUCAUCUAACUAAUACUAAUGUGCGGAUAUGCAAAUGAACUCUAUUCUCCUCGACAACAAAGGCCCAACACAAUGCUCCAGCAGAUCCCUGGGUCAAAAUCGUAUAGCGGUUCAAACGACACCGCCCGAUCUUGGAGAAGAUUACCAGCCAAAACCGCUCGGCCGAUUUUCCAAAUUCUUUUUUCCACGUCGUCCUGGAUCCUCAAACUUGUGCUCGUGGGGUUUCUUUUUUCGUUUUUCCUCCCUUUUUUAUAGAUAUUUGUACGUUUUCUCCCGGGUUCGUUCGAAAUCCUCUAGAUCUCGAUUAGUGCUCUCCGAGGUCUUUGUCCCGCCUUUCUAAAGGUCCUUUCUCUCUCAUAUCUCUUGCUCUCUACUACAAAAGAUUUCAAAACUUCUUCCUCCAGCAACCCUUCAAUUUCAACGGAGGCUUUUCAAAUCCGUUUCGUUUUUAACACAAAGAAGCUACUGUUUGCCGAUAAUUUCGGUGAUUUGGAUGAAUUGGAUGAUAAUAAAUCUACGUGCACUGCUGGUUGGCAUUCCUUUUCGAACUCGAAGCGGUUGUCGACGGUCGUGUUCUACAGUGCUACAGUGCUACAGUGCUACGGUGCUACAGUGCUACAGUGCUACAGUAGCUACGUACGGUACACCCGCUGCUGCCCGUAUUUUGGUUUUGCGAUUGCUGCUGGCUGUGCUUCUUCUUCACUGGCAUCAGAAUCGAUGGCAUGUGAAUACAAAUAAACGAUCGGAUUCGCUGUCUUUUUGGUACAACAAAUCAAAGAGCGUUUCAAGCAAUAAUUACGACGCAGACGUGAUUCUCGGACCUUCGAAACGAAAUUUAUGGCAUUUAUGCUGGCGUUAAAUCAAACGAUGAAACAAGAAAAAACUUGACUGUGGAGAAAAGGACUAAAGUUGUAUAAUAUAGAUUAGCUGUUGUCCGUAAAUUGUAUUUUGUUAAUUUGUUGUUAGAGUAAGAUUCCUUUCUGAUGCACGAAA